GAGAAUUUCUCCUUUGGCAUUUUUUGCACUGCUCGCCGAGACUUCAUUCAAUUUUUGAGCCUCACGUAUUUGUAUUGAUUCCUUGCGUGAUCGAAUCCUUUCACAUCAUAUCUGUAACCGAAAACAUGGCUUGGGAAGAACCGAGGAAAACUGGCAUGGUCUACCGCCGUCUGGGCAACUCCGGCCUUCACGUGUCGGCCAUUGCCCUUGGCGGUUGGUUGACUUACGGUGGCCAUGUAGAGGAUGAGAAGACGUUCGAGUGCAUGAAGCAGGCAUAUGACCUGGGGGUCAAUUUCUUUGAUACCGCUGAGAACUAUACAGCUGGCAAGUCUGAGGAGGUUAUGGGAAGAGCCAUCAAGAAGUAUGGCUGGAAGAGAAGUGAUCUUGUUAUUAGUACCAAGAUCAACUGGGGUGCCGUAAACGGGGAGAUCUUGGUCAACAACCAUGGUCUUUCGCGGAAGCAUAUCAUCGAGGGUUUGACAUCGUCACUGGAGCGUCUCGACUUGGAGUAUGUGGAUAUUGUGUACGCACACAGGCCAGACCGCCUAACCCCCAUGGAAGAGACUGUUCGUGCCUUCAACUAUGUUAUAGAGAAGGGAAUGGCAUUUUACUGGGGCACCUCUCAGUGGAGUGCCGAUGAGAUCGCGGAGGCUGUCGGGAUUGCUAAGGACCUGAAAAUGAUCGGCCCCAUCGUUGAGCAGCCCCUUUACAACAUUCUUGACCGGCAGAAGGUGGAAGGCGAGUUCCAGCGCCUGUACUCGCGGAUAGGUCUGGGCUUGACCGUGUUCAGUCCCAUCAAGAUGGGCUUGUUAAGCGGCAAGUAUAACGACGCCGUGGACGCGCCACCUUCUGACUCGCGAUUCGGCGUCAGCAAAGACGGCUUCGCCGAGUUCAUGCGGGGUCAGUACGGCAAUGAGCCUUGGCGUGAGAACAUCGCCAAGGUCAAGAAGCUCAAGACUGUGGCGGACAAGCUGGGCGUUACCCAAAGCCAGCUAGCUCUUGCCUGGUGUCUUAAGAACCCCAAUGUCUCCUCAGUCAUUACGGGCGCCAGCCGGCCGCAGCAGAUUGUAGAAAAUGUCAGGGCAUUGACAAUCUUAGAUAAACUGACGCCUGAGAUUUUGGCAGAGAUUGACGAGAUCACUGGAAACAAGGUCGAGUUGGACCCUGCUAGACAAGGCUAAUAGAAUUUUGUCCUGAUUUGAACUCAAGGCUCAUGCUUCUUCACUUUAA